AUGUCUAGUGACCUGUCGGUGCGUUCUACUGCACCUCUAAAUAAACCCAUCGCCAAUCAAGAUCCGACUUUUCCGCCAAAAAUGGAGGACCGAGGCCAAUCUUGCCACCGUCAGCCUACUCUAGAGAAAUCCAAACCUCCGACACUAUCAGACUUGGAACUUCGGGCCACUCCGAACUGUGCAGAAAAGGAAUACCUUCUACCAGAGAACAAUGAACCUGUCUUUCACAAUUUUCUAAGGGCAUUCUACCCAUUUCAGCCUGCACAAGCUGAUUCACAAACAACUAUUACUUUGCCCCUCAACGAAGGCGAUGUCAUCCUUAUCCACUCCAUCCAUACCAACGGAUGGGCCGACGGCACUCUACUCAUUUCAGGAUCGAGGGGAUGGCUUCCUACGAAUUACUGCGAGGCGUAUGACCCCGAACCCAUGCGCAACUUACUCUCUGGACUUCUUAAUUUCUGGGACUUAUUACGGACUGAUGCAUUCAAAGAAAACAAGCUCUUUCAUAAUCAGGAAUUUAUCCGUGGUAUUAUUGCCGGCGUCAGAUACCUUCUAGAAAAAACAGAUUGUCUAACUCGUGAGAAUGAACUGAUCAAAAACAACGAGAUAUUACGGCGAAACCGUAAAUCUUUACUUUCCGACCUAUCCGGCCUAGUAAAGAAGUCCAAAAACUUACAAGAAUGUGUUGCAUUAAGCAGCUUAAACUCCCUUCAAAGGCAUGAUCUCAACCAUACUAUCGAUGAGAUGGUCGUGAGGGCAUUUAAAAUUACCGUACGCGGUGUCAGAUUUCUCGAUAUAUGGACAAGCUGUCUCAGGGCCCCUUCAUGUAAUGCCCAAGCACUAAACACGAAUGCGCCACAAAUAACCGACGAGACACCAUCGGCCCCAACGCCACCUCACGAAGCGGUGACAACGAAAGCCUCCAUAUUAAACGCCACGGAUGACUCACAUCCUAUGCUUACCGCGGCGAGUACAUACUCAAUCAGUUCAUCGACAGAAAGAAGACACACAGAUUCACCCUUACCACAACUUGUAAAAGGUUACUCAUUUCCCGUUCCUUGUGGUCCUGCUUCUAUUGCUCGGCCCACUUCUACACAAUCAAAAAGGCAAUCUAUAUCUCAUAGGAUAUCUGCCUCCCUGCCAGUGGAUCAACGCCAAAACUUAGUAUCUGAGAAGCUCAAUUGUAGUCAUGAUACAUUGCUCUCGUUUCUUGGCGCUUUUAUUGGUAGACUCCACCUACAGUCACAGUCACCGUCAGACUUGAUCUCAGCUAUUCAACAGUUUGUAUCAGCUGGAAGACAGCUUCUAAUAGUUGUGAGUGCCGUUUGUGAUCAUCACAGUCAGAGUGCACAGUUCUUGAAAGCUACUAAGCAUGCUAUGGAAGAGAGAAUCCAGCAACUUGUCACGGCAGCACAAGAUAUUAUCAAAUCAUCUGGUGGAGACGAUGAAGCAGUAGUUAUGCCCCCCCAAAAAGCUAGUCUGUUAACCGCAUCCACUGGUUGCGUGAAAGCUGCCGGAGAGUGUGUCGCUAAGACCAAGUUCUUCAUUGAGAGGAUUGGGGACUUUGAGUUCGAGUCCGGAAGCAGUGGCUUAGGUAUUCAGAUGAACUGCAGUCAAGAGCCAAAACCAAGACUUCAGUAUGACUUACGAUCGGACUUAUCGAACCGCGAACCUUCCAAUCCACCACCACCUCCUCCAUUCACCAUACCAAACUACGAAAAGCCUCUCCCCGAUGUACCCAUGUCCUCAUACUCUUUGCUUGAGGACGACGUGUAUCAGUUCACGCCUAUUAGUCCACUAACAACAUUUUCACCAAGCUCAUUUGGGUUCCCAGACCCAGCAAAAAGAGCUUUACUUCCUCCAAUACCCAUGAUGUCAAGCCCAUUGAUGUCCCAAGAAGAAUACAGCUCUCCUUUCAACCAACCAACUCGAGAGUUAGAAUGUCGAACUUCAUUUCGAGCGAGUAGUAUAGCUACAUCACACGACGGGACAAACAGUACUUAUCUCAAUAGCAUGAGAAAUUCAGAGCUCAGUAUUAUCUCCCAAACGUCAACACGCGCCACAACACCCGACAUUAACCUUAGCGCAUCCCAGGUUAGAAUCUCCACAUCAGACUUGAGUGUUAUAGACAGUCCAACAACAGCAACAGAUGACGUAGAGGAGGUAGAGUCAAACAUGCUUGAAAAGACAUUUGCGCACGAGCUACUCCUAAACAAGGAUGGAGGUAUAGCAGGUGGAACUCUUCCAGCACUUGUAGAAAGACUAACCACUCACGACUCAACACCUGAUUCUGUAUUCGUGUCGACCUUUUAUCUUACCUUCCGGCUAUUUGUUAACCCAGAAGAUUUUGCUAGAGCUCUUAUUGAACGGUAUGAUUAUGUAUCUGAAAGCCCUAAGACUUCUGGACCAGUAAGGCUUCGCGUAUACAAUGUCUUCAAAGGAUGGUUAGAAUCACACUGGCAGCCAAAUGUGGACGUUCCAGCGAUUGAAAUAAUCGAGACUUUUGCAUCUGAAAAGCUAGUCAAAACCCUUCCAGGGGCUAGUCGUCGACUACACGAACUUAUAGCAAUUGUCUCUUCAUCAAAGCACACGUCUAUUUCUGGAAAGUUAACAAACAAUGGAAAGUCCUCAUCCUACGCCGCACUAGCAAUACAAGAUAACCCAAUUCCUAACUCAAUACUAAGCAAGAAUUCGCUCACCAUGUUACGAAAUUGGAAGAUGGGUGGAAGUAGCCCUAGCAUCGUCGACUUUGACCCACUUGAAAUCGCCAGGCAGUUGACAAUUAAAGGUAUCAGGAUUUUCUGCUCAAUACUCCCCGAAGAACUCCUGGGAUCGGAGUGGACUAAGCGUUCUGGGUCAAAUGCUACAAACGUCAGGGCAAUGGCAACAUUGUCUACAGACCUAUCGAAUCUUGUUACAGAUACUGUCCUUCAACACGAUGAUGCAAAGAAACGUGCUAGUAUCAUCAAACACUGGAUUAAAAUUGCUCACAAAUGCUUGGAGCUACGUAAUUACGACACUCUAAUGGCCAUAAUAUGCUCCAUGAAUUGCUCGACCAUUACACGACUCAAGAGAACCUGGGAUGCCGUCUCUCAGCGGCGUAAAGAUUUACUCCACAGAAACGGUGAUUGCGAUGGGCUCACUGUGAUUAACUUUGACAAACACACCCGCACGGCAAAAAUAAUCAACGAUCUCCAGCGUUUCCAGAUCCCCUAUUCCCUAACAGAGAUUCCAGAGCUCCAGGACUGGAUUCAUUCGCAGAUUCGUCGGGUAAAGCACUCAUCUGAGAAUGAACAUGUCCAGCAGCUAUAUAGAAAGAGCCUUUUAUUGGAACCUCGUGAGACACAAAACAUGUGUCGCAAUCACAGCGAUGUUUCUUUUCCUCUUCUACCAAAGGAGAAAUUUGACCUCUUCAGUUGGGCUUACAAGGACCGAAGUAACUCUAUCACUCCUUCGACACAUUUAUAA